AUGACCGCGCUUCAACCGCCUGCCCCAACCGAUCACAGCAUCACCACUCCGGACCCUGACGUACCAGGCGAUAACACCUUCGCCCCAGACUCUGCCCUCGCCGCUCAUCUUCUCCAAGCGUUCUUCUCUUUCCAACUGGACCAGGCCUGGUCAUCACCGUCGAUUACUUUGGCAUUCUCCUGCUACAUGUCACUACCCACCUAGUUUCCCACUACUUCGCUGAUCGCUUCAGCCGUCCGGCGGACAUUUAUGCGUGCCUUGCCUGACGCAAACUGAACAGCAUUUCAAACGCACUGCAGACACCAUCUUCAAUAACAUGGGCUACUCCUCUUCCUGUGCAAUGGGUAGUCUCAAACCCUCUCGAACAACCAAACUACGAUUUGGCUUCAACCUCUCCGUGCUCAUCUAGUCUACAACCUACAUGCAUUUGCGGCCGUAAAGUGAAAGAGCAGCGAUACCAUUCCAGCGGCAAAGGUGUCGUGAAGCGCGUGAACCCUAGACGAUACAUGACACAAAUGUAUUCCGUUGUUGUCAACAACAGAAAGACGAUUCGAACGUUCGCCUCCCCACCCUAAAUUCACAUCACAUCGAUAGGCUUCCUCUCCGCCCAAUCUGUUGAGGUUGUGAUUACUGUUGCUCGUGCUGUUCCGGUCUCUGGUUAGUACUUUCCAACAUCCAAACUGGUAGAGCUGGCGCGGACCCCCUACAAUGGUGGAAGAAGUAUGCAGGGGACGAAUGUCAUCGAGGUGACAGGAAACCUGCCACCGAUUCCCGCAAGUACUGUCGGUUCGGCUCAUCCUCGUCCUUCGAUGCAGCCUCGACCGAACCCGCCUCCUCUCACCUUCGGUAGUAGUGAUGGGAACUGCUGCUCGCAGAUUGCAGUGUACACGUCCUUGUGAGUGUCGGAGAGAACCUAGGAGCCCACGGUGAAGCCCCGUCAAAAGGUCGGUCGGAUUUGUCAACGGGCCUACCAGGCAGAAUGUUAUGGAGUGUAGACCCGCAGUCAAGCUAUCAUUCGACAAGAAACAAGGUCUUUCGACUAUUUUCGCACUUUUUUGGAAAUAGUCUAUGCAUGCCAACCAAAGUGUAAGGUCCCUGUGGAAAGUUUUUUUUUUUCUUGUUGUCGAUUUAUUUGCAAAUAAACGGAAAAUCUUGUUCACUUUUUCCUGGGGUGGGCUUUUGUCAGACCACAAUUAUGAGACCGGAUUUCGACAGCUCUCGCGAUUCCCCAGGUGGAAUUUUUUUCCGAUUUCGAUUUCAGCAAAAAUUGACGAAGUUAUCGCCGAAAAACUGGAUUAGAGAGACCAUUUUGUUCACUUUUUCCCUCCGACAUUCAACCAUAGAGCUUCAAGANACCC